AUGGCCAAGAUGUCCUCUGAAACUCUCCAGCAAAGAGCUUUUGCCAACUCUUCAGCCCAACGAUCAUAUGCGGACGUGACUCGUUCAACAGCAACUUACCGGAAUCAUCCUGACGCUGGUACUGUCCAUCCGGUUAAAGAUCCUUGUCGCGCCCAUGCUAGCAUGAUGAAACGCUGCUCUUCACAAUCACCAAAAACCUCUGCUAUCGCUAAUAGUGCUGUUCGAACGAAAUCCAGGACAAAUCUCUCGAAUGCAUCACAUCCUCAUGAUGCUGAUACUACCGGUGCGAUUCAAGAAUGUCUGUCUCAAACAACUCCUGCCGGUGCUGACGGUGAAGUUGAAGCGAUCGUGAAAUCGCAUGCAAUACAUCCACAUCGAGAUCACUCUGAAGAUUGUGCUGCUGGCGUGAUUCAAGGGCGUCCGUUGCGAAAGACACUGGGUAUCGCUGAUAGUACGGUUAAAAAAAACACAAGUUCCAAUGUUUAUACUCGUUCCAAUACCGCUGACGCUGGUAAUGUCCAGCCAUCUCAAAAUCGUCAUGCCGCUAAACCACAAGCAAGAUCUCAUCUAUCUACUCGUCCAAAUCCGCACGAUGCUGAUACUACAAGGGCAAUGCAAGCCUGUUUAUCCCGAAAGACUUCUGCUGCCACCAAUGGUACGGUGAAAGUGAGGCCAACAUCUGAUCUUGCUCCUGCUAGUACCAUCGAUGCAAUCAAAGGCUGCCCUUCGACAGGUGCUGCUCUCGUUAACCCAACGGCUGAAUCGAUUCAAAAUCCAACUGGUGCCUGUUAUAAUUUUCGACCUCGAGCAACUAGCAAGAAACAAGCCAGCAUUGCCAAUAGUUCUAACAAUAAUCAAAAAAGGACUUUUCCUCAGCAUGACUCAUUGUUGAUUGUUCAAAACAACAAUCAAUCCACAUGUUCAUCAGAUCGGUCUACAUCUCCUUCGCAAUCGAGCAGCGCCAAUCAAAAAUCUUGUAAUUCAAAGCUAACUGCUUCUGCGAAGCCUUCCAAAAAAAAACGAAAACGGCGCACUAAUCAGAACGCCAAUCAGCGCAUGAGGAGAAACGCUUAUCUAACCCUAAGGAAGCGAAAUAAACGGGAGGAGAGCUGCAGGAAAAGUUUCACGAGUGCUCCACCCCCGCCUGGAGGCCGAAUUCUAACACGGAAGGUGAAACCAAUCGACCUGUUUCCCGAAAUAACCAAAGAUUAUAACGAGAGAAAAGAGCGAAAAGAAGAACUCAAAGCUGCUCAUGAGGAAGAUCCGAUCAACAAUCCUGCACCCUCAAAAGCCACAAUUGUUGCCCGAGUGCCAACAGAGGAGGAAAAUCGAUCUGCGCUUCAGACUGUGAAGGAAAAAUUCAUCUCUCUUGACUCGGGUUACCACAAGAUAUACGACGAGAGGACAAGUGAAGUCGUGGGGAUAGUGGAAUUCAUGAACUUUGACGACUUGACGACAGAACAAUUCGAAGAUCUCAACUUCCUGUGUCUCCUCUUCUUACAUAAGUCUCUAAUGGGUGAAUCACUGAGAGCUGGUGAAGUAGUCUGGAAACUUUUCCACGGAUUUGGUGAUGUUGCCGUUGAAAGGAAUCACGAACACAUGAAACGAUCCGGCAUCCCCUCUUUUGCCGACAACAACUUCCCCAAAGUCCCAGGUGACGAAUCACCCUUUGCAUUUGCUUCUAACUUGGCAUUCUCUUCCAACAGAUUCUACAAUCACCAGCAUGUUGAUAGUGGCAAUUUAUCUGAGCUCCCUUUAGCAUUUGCUCUGGUCAUUCCAACCUCACGAAUCACGGGAUGA